UUGUGCUCCGGUUUCUUUUCAGUGGUUAAACGGUUUGUUGUUUGUUUGAAAUUGUUCAAAACAUCGUAUGAAUUUAUUUGUAUAUUAUUACAAAUAUGCAACCCAUAACAAUCGAAGUGGUUCUGAAAAAUGCUAAACCUCAACCUAAAAGCACAAUCCAACAAUCUAUUUCCUAUUAUUUGAAGUCAAAUCGUGUUUCAACUGGCAAUGUUAUUAGGUCCUUUACUGAUGACUACUUGCAAAACUAUGUGGAGUGUAUUAUUAUCGAGGAUACGUUAGAAUGCAAAAAUCUAUCGAACAUCUCUCAGUUUCAAAUUGAGUGGUACAUAUACAGUGCAGAUCAUUCCAAACCUAUGGUGCAAAAUGAGUUUAGUCCUGAUGGAGAGAUCAAUAUAGCCACUCACUUAGUACUCCCAAAUAUAGAUUUGGUGAAUUCGUGGGAGAAUUUGCAUUAUGAAAGUGAAAUUAAAGAUAAUCUCCUCCGCUAUGCUCACACUAUGAUGAAAUUCUCAGACAGUGGAAUUGAUAGCAACAUCAUCACCUGCAAUAAGGUUAUCUUAUUACAUGGCCCACCCGGAACAGGUAAAACCUCUUUGUGCAAAGCAUUAGCUCAUAAAUUGGCUGUCAGAAUGCAAGAUAGAUAUCCUUCAGGUAUAUUAGUAGAAAUCAAUAGUCAUAGUCUAUUUUCAAGAUAUUUCUCAGAAAGUGGUAAAUUGGUUACAAAAAUGUUUUCCAGUAUAAAAGAGAUAAUUGAAAAUGAAAGCAUUUUAGUAUGUGUACUAAUUGAUGAAGUAGAAUCUCUGGCUCAUGCUAGAGACCAGUGUUUAUCUGGUGUUGAACCAUCAGAUGCGAUUCGAGUGGUGAAUGCCGUUCUCACACAAAUAGAUCAAAUUAAGAGGUAUCCAAAUGUUCUAGUAUUAGCUACUUCGAACUUGACGAAAUCAAUUGAUUUGGCAUUUAUUGAUAGAGCAGACAUCAAACAGUACCUGGGCCUACCCAAAACUCCUGCAAUAUACAAAAUUUACCUGUCUUGUAUAAAAGAAUUACAGAGGAUCCAUAUUUUAGAGGACAAUAUACCGUUUGCACCUCUUAACACUGUAAUGAAGACUAACUGGAAUGAGCUGGACAAAUACUCAAGAACAUUAUUAGAAAUUUGUGAAAAAAGUGUCGGAUUAAGUGGAAGAUCAUUAAGAAAAAUCCCCUUUAUCGGGUAUGCCUUGUUUUCAAACAUUAAAAGUGAAAAUGUUGAGGAUUUCUUGAACUCUAUGGAAAGAGCCAUUGAAAAAGAAAAAAGUGAUAGGGAAAAUUUGUGAUUUUCCUUUUAAUUUUCAAACUUUUCAAAAGCAUACAAUAUUUAGGUAUUGUUUUCCAUUUGCUCAAUUACAUGAGAUAUUGUUACGUUGAUAUAUGUUCCUUUAUAAAACUCUUGAUCUUAAAAAUAGUAAAAUCUCAGGAAUGUA